AUGCUGGCCCAGCUCGUGGCCGAUGUCUGUCCCUCGUCCGCGUCGUUCUUCGGCUUCAUGGGCGUCGCGUCCGCCCUCGUCUUUGCCAAUCUUGGAGCAGCGUACGGCACGGCCAAGUCGGGCGUGGGCAUUGCGUCCAUGGGCGUCAUGCGACCGGAUCUGGCCAUGCGCAACAUCAUCCCCGUGGUCAUGGCGGGUGUGCUGGGGAUCUACGGUCUCAUCGUGGCAGUGAUCAUCCAGGGGUCCAUUGACCCUCCGAACGGGAACUCGCCCAAGUACGGCUCGUACUCUGGCUUUGCGCACUUGGCAGCCGGUCUCUGCUGUGGCCUCAGUGGUCUGGCAGCAGGGAUGGCCAUUGGCGUGGUCGGAGACGCUGGCGUGCGUGCAGUGGGGCAGCAGGAGAAGCUGUUUGUGAACAUGAUCCUGAUCUUGAUCUUCGCCGAAGCGCUCGGGCUCUACGGCUUGAUCGUGGCACUGAUCUUGUCGCAGAAGAAGAGCGACUGCCCGUCGGAGUAA